GCUACACACCCUCUGUACUUUUUCUGUUUAAAUCGACAGCCUCUCUACUGCAUGUACCACACUGACAGACAGGAGUACUGUGAAAAAGCAGCGAUCCAGAAUCCGAACAAGCAUUUCUAAGCUAAAUUAAGACUGUACCCUUGUCACAAGUUCCCUGAGAAGCGCUCACUCCCUCAUUACCAUGGGGGGCGUCUUAUCCCGGUGGAGGACAAAACAGUCCACUGUAGAGGUUCUGGAAGGAAUUGAAAAGGAAAUCCAGGCCCUUGAAGAAUACAGUGCAAAAAAUCAACGGCAGCUGAAAAUAUGGGUUGGCCGCCUCCUGCUUUACUCUUCAAUACUUUACCUUUUCACUUGUCUGGUAGUGUAUUUUUGGUACCUACCUGAACAGUUGAUGGGUCGGCUCAUAUUGUGUCUUCCCUUUUUGUUUUUCCCUCUUUUAGUUUGGUUACUUCGAAAAGUUCUUGUUUUUGUUUUUUCUCGACGAACAGAAAGAAAUAAUGAAAAGUUGGAGGAUCUUAAGGAGCAAAAAAGAAAAAUUCUAGAGGAAGUAAUGGAAACUGAAACAUAUAAAACUGCCAAAAUGAUCCUGGAAAGAUUUGAUCCAGAUUCCAAGAAAAAAAUGGAACUAGAAUCCUCUCCAGCUGGGCCGAUGAUGACUCCAAAACCAGGACAAGAGCUCAGGCAUCGCAGUGUCAUGCCGAAGACCCCCACAGUGAUGGUGAAUCCUGGGAGUACUGCUGCCCGCCCUCCUCCUGCUCCUGGGCCCACCCAUUCUGGACGAGCUUCCCACUCUGCUCCAGGUGGACCCCCAGAGAGAGGCCUGUCGGCUGUAGCUGCUCAGCAGAGCUUGAUGAGGAGGCCUGUGACCCCAGGAACACCUGUUCCAGGAGUGGGCAUGCAUCCACCUGGACCACCACUGGCCAGACCUGUGCUCCCAAGAGAGAGAGGCGCUGUGGAUAGAGUCAUUGAGUAUCUGGUUGGAGAUGGUCCUGGAAACAGAUACGCUCUUAUCUGUCAGCAGUGUCUGUCUCAUAAUGGCAUGGCCUUAAAAGAAGAAUUUGAGUAUAUUGCCUUCCGAUGUGCGUAUUGUUACUUUCUGAAUCCUGCAAAGAAGACACGACCCCAGGCUCCUAGACUACCAGAGAGUCCAGCUGAGCACAGGAUGUCUCCCACUCCUCAUCUGCCUCCUCCUGCGGCCGAUGGAGAUGAGGAUGUGUCUGUAGUAGGGAAGUGCAAACUUGCUGAUGAGUCUGAUAAAGCAGAGCCACAAGAGCCAGGGACACCCACCACUGAGUGCCUCUCUGCCUCAGACGACCAGCACAGCCCUGAAUCACAAGAGGUGCAGUGUGAGAAGUCCGACGUAGAGCACGAUGAAUCUGCCAUGGAGGUGGAAUAGAACAACACAAGUCACUCAGUUAAGCCAUCUGCUUUUAGAAAUACUAUACAAAUGAAUGAAAUGAAUUGUAUAAGCUGGAGUAACAUUAUGACAAGGCAGCAGUGAAUGCGAUUCUCAUUUGCAGAAUGUUCUUUCAUUUCAGCUCAGUUUUUAGUCAUGUAGUACAAAUGAAUUGAGCAAUAAAUCUUGUAGCACUAGCAUUUGCCAAACUAGCCCUUAGUUUUUUGCCUAUUUUCCCAACCUCAAUAAGGGUUCUAUUUAUUGUGUUGUUUGGUGUUAUGUAGCCUAACCUCCCUGGAUGCCUGCUUGAUUUUUCUCAAUGUUUUAUUUGUAUCGCAAGAAACAGUAGUAUAUAAGGUUUUUAUUUAUUUAUGUUCAUUGUUGCUGUACUUGUCUAUAGUGUUAACUGGGGUACUCUAUAGCACCAUUAUGGUGCUAACUUGUUUACACAUCAUUGGUACAAUAGGAAUGUAUGUAUUUAUUAAGUGGUCAAGAUGCAUUCAUGUUAGUACUGUUCGCCUAUCUUAUGUGCCUUUAUCCCAGCUUCCUAUAUUGUUGAAAGUUAUUUAAACACAAAGGCUGUUAUGGUCUCACAGGACAGAAUAUGCUGCAGUGAAUGUUGCUUUUCCUUUUUUCUUUAAAUAAAUAUAAAAUUGGAAAUAUU